AUGACCUUGGCCCGUCACAAUGCAGAGGACACCUGCCUAAAAAACCAAUUUGGGAUUGCCGCCUCUCCGGGGGCGGCAGGCACCGCCGCCCAAACUGUUGACCAUGCCGGACGCCGCUCGGGUGUGACGGGCACUGACCCCGACUCCCAGCCGUCCGCCACCGAGUCCGAGAAGCCGGCCGGCUCGAUGAACGACCGCCGCUCCGCCUCGCCGCCCAUCUACAUCCCCGAGGGCGGCCUCACGGCCUGGCUCGUCGUCUUCGGCUCCUUCUGUGCCAUGUUCUCCGUCUUCGGGCUCAUCAACUCUGCUGCCGUCUUCGAGUCCUGGUUCUCCACCCACCAGCUCGCCGAGUACUCCGCCUCGCAGAUCGGCUGGAUCUUCAGUCUCUACCUGUUCUUUGUCUUCUUCAUCGGCAUCCAGGUCGGACCGGUCUUUGACCACUAUGGCCCUCGGUACCUCGUCGCCGUGGGGAGCCUCCUCGUAGUGUUGAGCAUCAUGCUCCUGGGUUUCUGUGAAGAAUACUACCAAAUCCUCCUCUGCUACUCGGUCCUCGGCGGCCUGGGAGGCGCCCUGCUCAACUCCCCGGCGUACGGCGCCAUCGCCCACUUCUUCAGCGUGCGGCGCGGCUUCGCGACGGGCAUCGCCAGCACCGCCGGCGGCAUCGGGGGCAUCGUGUUUCCCCUCAUGCUGCAGAGCCUGCUGCCCCGCGUCGGCUUCGCCUGGUCGACGCGCGUCCUGGCCUUCAUCCUGCUCGCGCUGGCCGUGCCCGUCAACCUCUGGAUCCGCUCGCGCCUGCCCGUGCGCGGCGCCAUGCACUCCAUCUGGCCCGACUUCUCCAUCUUCCGCGACCGCUGCUACGCCGUCGCCGCCGUCGGCAUCUUCUUCAUGGAGUGGGGCAUCUUCGUGCCCAUCACCUUCAUCGUCUCGUACGCCGCCUCGCACCAGCAGGACGCCAACUCGGCCUACACGCUGCUGUCACUGCUCAACGCCGGCUCCGUCGUCGGCCGCUUCCUCCCGGGCCUCCUGGCCGACCGGAUGGGCCGCUUCAACGUCAUCAUCCUGACCAUCGCCCUGUCGGCCGCCACCGUCUUUGGGCUCUGGCUGCCCGCCGGCCACUCGAAGCCGCUGCUCAUCGCCUUCGCCGUCAUGUUCGGCUUCGCCAGCGGGAGCAACCUGGGCCUCAUCGCCGUCUGCCUCGGCCAGCUCUGCGAGCCCAGCGACUACGGCCGCUUCUUCUCGACGGCCAUGAUGGUCGCCAGCUUCGGCACGCUGAGCAGCGUGCCCAUCGGCGGCGCGCUGAUCGGCGUGGGGUCCGGGGAGACCGGCUGGACGGCCGUCAUCCUGCCUCCACCCAUGGCCAACGAACUGGCCGCGGCUCCGGCCCUGUCGACCCCGGCCGAACAUCUCUUUGAGCACAUCGAAGCCGACGCGCCCCCGACCGAGAGCCAGCUCCUCCACCGCACCGAUGAUGAGCUCCGAGACGUCUACGAGAUCGCGCGGACUGCGAAGGAGAUCCGGGAGGGCGGGCGACGCCGGAUAGGUCUACAGUUUCCUGACACCAUGCUCGGCGAUGCCCCGCGAGUUGUUGGCCUCUUACACGACGAGUUCCGGCGGUUCAGAUCUGGCACGGCGACUGGCCCGACGGAAGCUGCCGCGGCUCCGGCGACGGAGGCGGAGAGGAUAUACAUCCUAGCCGACACCUCCUACUCGGCCUGCUGCGUCGACGAGAUCGCCGCCGAGCACGUGCAUGCCGAUGUCGUGGUGCACUACGGCCGGUCCUGCCUGUCGCCGACCUCGAGGCUGCCUGUCAUAUACGUGUUUACAAAGCAUCCUCUCGACCAUGAGAGGGUUAUAGUGGAGUUCUUGGCACUCUAUCCGAAACAGGACGAGCCGAUUGUCUUGAUGGCCGACGUAACAUAUCAAGACCACGUCCCUGAGUUGGCUUCCAAACUGCGGGCCAAGGGCUACGCCUCGCUGCUGCACACAAAGCUUGUUCAUGCGCCAACCGCAACGAUACCGAAUCGGGGAGCCGUGGACGCGGACGGAAAGGACGUAGAGAUUGGAGAGGGCUCGGGCGUCGACCUACAAGACUACUCUGUGUUCCACAUCUCGGCGCCGCCGACGGCGCUGCUCCUGGCUCUGUCGACUAGGGUCAAGUCUCUGCAGAUAUGCCCGACACCCGCGGCUUCAGGCGCCUCCUCGGAGCCACCGGCCAGCUUCCAGAGGACGAGGGCCAUGCUGGGCAGGAGGUACGCCAAGGUGCUGACGCUGACGACGGCGGGCGUCGUCGGGAUCCUAGUCAACACGCUGUCCGUGGCCAACUACCUGGCGUCGAUCGACAGUCUUCGGAGGCGCAUCGCCGCGGCCGGCAAGAAGAGCUACACCAUCGUCGUGGGCAAGCUGAACCCGGCCAAGCUGGCCAACUUUGCCGAGAUCGACGGCUGGGUGGUCGUGGGCUGCUGGGAGAGCAGCCUGGUCGAGGACGACGCGAGCUUCUACCGGCCCGUCAUCACGCCGUUCGAGCUCGAGAUCGCGCUCAUGAGCGAUGAGGAGAGGAUAUGGGGCCACAGGUGGUGGGGCGGCAUCGAGGGCGUGACGGAGCCGGAGGAAGCGGCGGCGACGGCGACGACGACGACGGCGAAUGGGGAUCAUAGCCCGGGUCAGGACUCUCAUGACCAAGAGGCUCCUGCAGACCAAGAGGACGGCAUAGAUGAGGAGGAGUCAGAGGCACCGCAGUUCGACCUGCGCACCGGCAAGCUCAUCAGUACGAGUCGGCCGAUGCGCAUGAUGCAGUCCGAGAGCGCCGGAGGUAACGUGCCAAACGGCGCGUCCGCAGAAACGCCAUCCAACAAGCUCACCUUGCGGCCGAAAUUUGACGUCGCGACCGUGAAGGGAGUCGUGAGCCCCGGAGCAGAGUACCUUCGCUCCAACAGGACGUGGCAGGGACUGGGCACCGACUACGAUGACGAGUCGAGCGCGACUAUCGAGGAGGGUCGAUCUGGGGUGGCUCGUGGCUACACGGUAGGGUCGGAUGCUGAUAAGAGGUGA